GCGAUGCCUCUCGCGUGGGCCCGGUCGCGUUUUUCCGGUUCCGCCGGAGCGGCGCGGGCGGCGAGUGACGGGUCCCGGGUCCUUCCGCGGCGCCGAGGGCGGCGCGGCCCCGCCCGGCCCAUGGACCGGCACAAAGUGAAGCGGCAGCGUCUGGACCGGAUCUGUGAAGGCAUACGGCCUCCUAUUGUGAAUGGCCCAAUGCCAGCACGGCCACUGGUUGCACUCCUGGAUGGACGAGAUUGCACUGUGGAGAUGCCCAUCUUGAAGGAUGUUGCUACAGUGGCAUUUUGUGAUGCUCAGUCAACUCAGGAAAUCCAUGAAAAGGUGCUGAAUGAGGCAGUAGGAGCUCUGAUGUACCACACCAUUACCCUUUCUCGUCAGGAUCUGGAGAAAUUCAAAGCCCUCAGAGUCAUUGUGCGUAUUGGCAGUGGCUAUGACAAUGUUGACAUCAAAUCCGCUGCAGAAUUAGGCAUUGCCGUUUGCAACAUCCCUUCCUCCUCAGUAGAGGAGACUGCUGACUCUACGCUCUGCCACAUCUUGAACCUCUAUCGCCGUGUUACUUGGCUACAUCAGGCUCUGCGGGAAGGGAAUCGAGCCUCAAGCGUAGAACAGAUUCGGGAGGUAGCUGGAGGUGCUGUGCGUAUCCGUGGGGAGACGUUGGGCAUCAUUGGACUCGGCCGAGUUGGACAGGCAGUGGCUCUGCGAGCCAAGUCCUUUGGCUUCAACGUGAUUUUCUAUGAUCCCUAUCUGCCGGAUGGAGUGGAGCGAUCCUUGGGUUUACAGCGAGUAGGAACCCUGCAGGAUCUACUAAUGCACAGCGAUUGCAUCACAUUGCACUGCAGCCUGAAUGAACAUAACCAUCACCUCAUCAAUGACUUCACUAUUAAACAGAUGCGUCAGGGCUGCUUCUUAGUGAACACAGCCCGGGGAGGGCUGGUAGAUGAGAAAGCCUUAGCACAAGCCUUGAAAGAGGGGAGAAUCAGAGGAACAGCAUUGGAUGUGCAUGAGUCUGAGCCUUUCAGUUUUGCUCAGGGGCCGUUAAAAGAUGCACCCAAUGUUAUCUGCACCCCUCACACUGCUUGGUACAGUGAACAGGCUUCCAUUGAAUCCAGAGAAGAUGCAGCUAAAGAGAUCCGUAGAGCUAUUACAGGUCAUAUACCUGACGCUUUGAGAAACUGUGUUAAUAAGGAGUACUUGCUGUUAGCAGCUCAGUGGUCCAGUAUUGAUCCUGCAACUGUCCACCCAGAACUCAACGGAGCUGCAGCUUACAGGUUUCCUCCAGGAGUAGUGGGAGUAGCCAACCCUGGGCUACCAGAACCACCAGUAGUGGAAGGGAUUGUAGCUCAUGGGAUCCCUCCUGUUUCUCACUCUGCACCACGUACUCCUUCCCCAGGAGAGACAAGCAAACUGGAUGCAGACAGAGAGAUUCCUGCUGACCAAUAGCAGCAUGUUUCUCUCCUCUCCUUUGGCAGCAGAAAAAAGUAGGAGGGCAUCUCCUCCUAGGACCUUUUUAACACCCUACAGACACUGUUUCCUGUUCACAUGGGACAGGAGAAUGCAUUUCCUUGCCGACAGACUUUAGCUCUUGCCUUUAUUUUGUAACCUUUUAGUUAUAAUUUCUUGAUGAAUCUUUCUCCUUCUCUGGGGCGUGGCAGCAGUGACCUUGCCUCCCAUUGGCUUAAUGAAUCAGUUCUCCCAUGUAUCUGCUUCAGUUGUCUGUGACAGGGAACUGUCUUUGUGUGCUUGAAAAUGGAAGUGAAGCCACCUGAUCAGGGAUGGUCCUUGGUGGUUCAAACGUAAAUGCACACUUUUCAGUUGUGACUUGUAGCUUUAAUUUAAUUUGGCUGAACCUCUUUUAAGUGUAGCCAUGGGGAAUAUUAGAAAAAAAUAUUAGUGAAUUGGAGAAGUUGUGAUUAUUGUCUUCAUUAUGCCCUUGAUAAAAGGCAGCCAGGCUAAGCUCUCUGUGUUACUUUGCUUGUUUUAAUUAACAUUUCCUGUGAGAACAGGCAUAGCGCAGGCACUGUUAAUUCUUGACCGUACACAGUUUUCUCUAUGCAGUUCUAGGCCUGAAGUUAAAAGUAGCACUGUCAAAGCCAGCUUUUUAAAUAGUUUGGAAGGGAUUAAAAUGUCAUCAAAUGUAUUUUGGUGGCAACCAUGUUUGUGAGGCUUCAGAUUUUUUCACCCUGGAGUCUAUAACUUGGAGAAGGUAAGAAAAUGCUGAAAUAGGAAAAGCAUGCACUGAGAGACAGCAAGUAGCAAUAAUGUGCAGCUGCAGUUGCUGGUUCUUCACACAAAGUACCUCGUAGUCUAUGGCAGUGUUUAUCCACAAGGGAUCCAUCACACUAGAAUUCUAAGCUUUAAGAUACAGAUUUUUUUUUUUCUUUUUGCAUAAUUGCAUCAGCUAGAAGUAACAUCUCACUUGUCUGUGCUGGUGGAGAAGGCAGCUUUUAACAGUCAGGAAAAAGUUUAUCACCCAGAAGGUGACUAACCACUGGAAUAGACUCCCCAAGGAGGCUAGCACAGCACCAAGCCUAUCUGAGUUCAAAGAGUAUUUGGACAAUGCUUGUGGGUACAUUGUGGGAUUCUUGGAGUGUCUUGUGCAAGGCCAGGAGAUGGACUCCAUGAUCCUGAUGGCUCUCUUCCAACUCAGCAUAGUUUAUAAUUUUGUGAUAUACUGCAUCUCUAUAGCAGGGCAGGACAGCAGGGCAACGCAAGACAGCAGUUUGUUUUACAUGAAUAGGCUUUGUGAUACUAAAAGGAGAAUUAAUACUUGCAGUUUUCCACCUGAAGCCAAGGCAGGAUUGUUGCUGGCAAGUCUCCAUUUCACAAAUGACUGAAUAUGAAUUGCUUCUUUAAGGGGUGUGGAGUCUUUGGCAAAGAGGUUCCACAGGAGAAUAUUUUUCUUUAAUUUCACAUCUUCCUUUAAUUUCAUCUUGUUACACUUCAGUUGUAGUCUUUCCAUGCGCAAGAUGUAACAAUAUCUGAUUGAUUUGUUUAUGUUGUUUGGAUAUAUUAAAGUAGGUGCUGUAUGGGAGGCAUACCCUAUGUGUGGGUUUCUCUGCCUCCCUUGAUUAUUCUCUCUGUUGUGUGUCUGUGACUGGAAGCUGAACAGAUGGGAACAGACUGGUGAAAGAACUUGAAGUAUGGACAAAAUCUUCUGUUUAGGCUGUUUAGUUUAGGAAGGUGAGCAAAGCUUUCAGAAUAACUAAGUUCUCAGAUUUUUUUUUUUCCUGGUUUAAAUUUUUUUUCCAAUACUGCCUUCUCUAUAGUGGCUUACUACUAACACAGUGAUUCAUUCCUUUCUCCUCCCCUUCUCCGCUCAGAAAUUCAAGAAAGGAAAAUAGUCAAGAAGUAAACUUCAGGUGUUUUCUUACAAAAUUUACACUUGAGCUGUUUAGUAUUAGUGAGAUAAUACUAGUUUUCUAGUGCUGAGUGUCUUUUUUUGAUAAGAUAUUUGUCUCAGUGAAGAUUCUUGGCUUCUGGGUUUUUGUGGAUGAUUCUGAUUCUACUUCAAAUUCAUAUACCUCCUUGGCUGCUCAGGUCUAGCAGAUCAGACUGAGACUGGUGGUAGGCAUGAGUUACAGGAGAACUUUUUCUGAACAAAAGCCUGGAGCUCAGAAGCCCGUUGAUUGCAGGUGUACCUAAAAUAACCAUCAGUGCUCUCCUGAAUUCUCUAAUCUCUAGAAAAUGCAGAUUUCACAAGCUGCUGGCUCAGAAAGUUCUUUUGACAGGCAGGUGUGGAAAAGUUUUCAGAGAGCUCAUCUUCUAUUACCACAUUGGGGAAGCAGUCUGUCAAUAACUACUCUUUAUUUGCUGCUGAAAAUUCCUGCCCUGCUUAGGGGUUCAGGACUGAGAUUAUUUUGUGGUAAGGGGCUUCUAGUUACGAGCUUUGAGGAUCAGAGUACAUUGACCUUGUCUUUUCUAGAGGACAAUGCAAGAUAGAUUUAUUUUUUUAGAAGAGGCAAUUUAUUUUUUUUCUUUGUUACUGCAAGUAUCUCUAUAGACAGUCAAAUAACUGAGCAGAGAAAGAGUAGAAAAAUUUCAUUUGGGGGAAACAUGAGUUUCUCAGUUCAUAUUUUUGGUGGCUAGCUACACUAGUGACUAGUAAGCAUAGGAAUUAAAUGACUGAUGAUGUAAGAAAUAUUUCCAGUUAUGGGUACCAAGGAGUUGAAGCUGACAGCAUUGAUAGUGGCUCUGUUCUAUCCAAUACAAUGUACACUCGUUAUUGGAUAUGAUGGUAAUUUUACUCUUGGUUAAAGCCACAGCAGAAAAUGUUGAGGUAAAAAUGAAGAGAACCCUCGUCUUGUCCUCAAAGAAGGACUCUCUUUGCAUUUAUAGGAUUACUCUGCUUGUGUGCUGUUUGUACCUCUGCUGACAGCCUGAACCUAUUAUCACCAGACAAAGGCUGUUCUGAAUGGAUAGCUCAAAGAAAAAUUUACUGGUACUAAAGCAUCCUGAGGUCUUCUUUCCCCGAGUGCCAAGUACUUUGUCAGCACUCUUUGUUGUGCGAUACACUGAACUUGCAGCUCCCCCUUCCAAGCUUAGUGCAGUAUACAGAAAUGGAGUGACUUUUUUUUUAAUGCCUUCUUUCAGAACUAGUGCAGAGCUUUAAUCCCAAAGAACAGGAGUCUGCCAGGGUGAGGCAGGUGUUGUUCCCUAGCCGCACUAAUCUGCUUACAGGAGGUGCUCACACUAUCCCAAGGUACAUUCUGUUUGUCAGGGUCACUGCUGCUGACCAGCUUUUUUUAUAGAGGACUCAGAGUUUCAGAAAUAUAUUUUUGUAGACAAUGAUUAAACUGUGAAACAUUGAAAUAAAGCAUGUAAACAAAAAUUUACAGCACUGUCCUCUGUACAGAUGUUUUCCUCACUUCAGUUCUCUCCUGGCUCAUUAGAAAAUGUUUGAUUACUGAUCUUGGAUAUAUUUUAAUAAAGUUCUUCAAAGAACAUGGCUGCUGUCUAUGGAAGGGGUAGCCUUAGAUACAGUUUUGAAAAGGAGGGUUGAAAACCUGUACAGGUGAGUGUCCGCAUCUCAAAUUAUUUAAAUUCCACAAAAUCGGUCCCUGGAUCAGCCACUCUGGAAAAUUACUUUCUUUCUAUGCUGUAGCAUUGACCAUCACUCAAGGCUGUGCAGGUGGCAGUCUGGAGAAGAAGCCAUGUUCAGUGCCUAAGGGACACCUUUGGAUGUAGGGUGCUGUUACUUACCUGAUUUCUCACAAGCUGAAAUUGUGAUAUCUGUUUUGCAGCCAUUUAAGUAUGUAGUUUAGCAGCAGUAGCUGUCUUUACCCUUUCACAGUAAAGCAGUAUUUGAAAUUAACACACAGCUUAUGAAACUAAUUUUUCUAACUUGUAGUAGAGGUUGAUGCAACAGAAUUAGCAUAGAAAAGUUGUUAGGUAUUUUUAAAAUUGAAUUUAAUUCAUGUUUUAUGACCUAUGCUGUCUGGGUCAAUUAUUAAUGACACUUAGACAGCCCCUAGUACUGGUGAAUUUUAUCACUGUUGGCCCACCUGGUGCUGUAUGCUAUUGGAAUAUCCAGCACCAUGCUUGGGAGAUGGGAAAUGCUGGUCUGCUUUAUCACAACAAUGGGAGUCUGAACUGGUGGAAUGGGAAGGGGCAUAGGAGCACUUGGAAUCUUUCACAUGGUGGUACUAUUUGUGGUGCACAGCUGAUAGUAUUACUGUUUCAGUAAAGAAACUUAAGACAUGAGGACAAAGACUGGUCUUCAAAGAACGUAGCAGUGAUCUUGGAUUUACCAUGGCACUCACUUAGACGUAAGACAUAAUGGCUCUACUACCAUUCAGUAAUGUUUCAUGUAAGUACUGUACUUAAAAAGAAAAACAGGGGAGGGGAGUUAGUAAAUCUAAUGGUGUGUAGUAAGUCAAAACUCAGAGAUGCUGUACAGCACAGGAGGAGAGCACGGAGUCUAGUGCCACUGAUACUUCGAAGUUUUGUGUAGUUGUUCAACUGGUAUUGGGCAUUGCCUUACCCAUGUUCCAGUCAGUACAUUGCAUCCCUUUAACUAGAAAGUAACAAAGAGGAAAUGUCAUCCGCUUAAAACAACUGGGCACAAUCAUUUGAAUAAAUGGAAGUGAAAGCAAGCAAGUUGUCUGUGCUAUUGCUAAUUCAGUGUCAAACGGGAGUCUGCCAGAGUGAAGAAACAAUAUGUGCAAAAGAGCAACCUACUUUCACAAGAGUAUGCUUGUGCUGGUAUGGAGUAUAGUAUCUGCUCCUCAUUACAGUUUCUAGCACUGCUAGAAACUCUAAUGCCUUUACUGCAAAAGCAGAAACAGAUGUAACAUC